AUGUCAGAAAGAAAGGCAAUAAAUAAGUGGUACCCACCAGACUACGAUCCUUCAAAGGUUCCCAAGAAAGCUAAGACUAGAAGCGCUAGUGCCAGCAAAAGCAGAUUAAUGCUACCGUUUUCGAUGAAAUGUCUACAAUGCAAUGAAUACAUCGCAGCUCGAAGGAAGUUUAACGCCAGAAAAGAGGUCACCGGAGAGAAGUAUAUGGGAUUCAAGCUCAUAAAAUUCCAUAUCAGAUGCCCGAGAUGCAGUAAUAACAUCAUAUUUAGAACUGACCCAGCCCUGGCAGGGUUCGUUCCUGUUGAAGGAGGGGUGAGAAACUACGAAUCAUUAGCAAAGGAACCAAAAAUCAAGCCAAUGGAAACUGAAGAGGAGAUAUUGACGCGGCUUGAAAAGGAGGAAGAAGAGAGCAAGAAAUACAAAGAACAGCAAGAAAAGAGAAAGAAGAAUCCUUUCUGGCAGAGCCGAGCAGACUCGAACGGUCAGGAUGCCAUGGCCAACCUUGAAGAAAGGCUCGUCAAACAGCAAGACGAACAACAGACACACGACCAUCUCAUGUAUCUCCAAGCUAAAGCAAAUCGCUUACAGGAAUCUGGAGGUCAAGACAAACUAGCCCAAGAAGCACAAGCACGAUUAGCAGAGGAAAAGAGUCUCAAAAGAGAACUUGAACCAGAAGACAAUGACUAUCAGCAAAUGAUUGACAAAAGCAAACUGGAUAGCGUUGAAAAGAAAACGGCUACGGUCUCUGGUGUGAUAAGAGUAAAGAGACCUCGAAGAAUGGAGGUGAAACAAGAUAGCGAAAAGGUGAUUGCCAAACCUGAAGGCGACACGAUAAGCCCUCCAAAGCUACCUACACCCCCUCCAAUGGAAGCAUCAAACAAAGAGUUACCUGGUCUAGCAGGGUAUGGUUCGUCUGAUUCUGAGUGA